AAAAAAAAAAAAAAAAAACUUCUUAUUAGCUCAACUUACUCUCUUCUCUUCUCGCUCUCAUUCUCUCUCUCUUCCUCAAAGAGAACAGGUGGGAAUUUGUAGAGAAAGAUCUGAUGUACUUGCCGGGGGAUCUCAACUAUACACAAGAUCAUGAUGGCCCUUGAAACCAAAGAAACUAUGCAAAGGAACUCUGAGGCAUCCGUAAAAUGCCUCCAGAGCCAGGGAAUUCCUUACAACCCGCGUUGUAAUGGGAAUUCUAUAGACAGCUUUACACAGCUUAAAAAUGAAAUAAGUACUCACCAAGGUGUGGAUGUUGAUCCAGACCGCCCAUUGGGUGGUGGGUUUCUUGAGCCACCUAAUGAUUAUUACAGCAAACCUACCUAUCAACAUGAUUUUGGUACCUGGUCGACCUUCCAAUUUGACUCUCACAAGGUGCCACAAUGCCAAAUCAAUGCAUUUGAGAGCCAGUUUUACCCAUUUACUGUGGAGAAUCAGUUCCCAUAUGUUCCAAUUAAUAUGAUUGCUCAAGGUCACCCCUAUGAUUUCCAAUUUCAAGAUUUUCAGUAUUUUGUGGUCAUAGACUUUGAGGCUACUUGUGACAAGGAUAGAAAUCCCCAUCCACAAGAGAUAAUAGAGUUUCCGUCUGUCAUUGUGAGCAGUGUGACUGGCCAGCUGGAAUCAAAUUUUCAGACAUAUGUGCGGCCAACUUGCAAUCAGCACCUGAGUGAUUUUUGCAAGGAUCUUACUGGUAUUCAGCAAUUUCAGGUGGACAGAGGUGUUACUCUGAGUGAGGCUCUCCUUAGGCAUGAUAAAUGGCUUGAGGAGAAGGGGAUAAAGAACACCAAUUUUGCUGUGGUGACAUGGUCGAAUUGGGAUUGUCGGGUGAUGCUGGAAUCUGAGUGUCGAUUCAAGAAGAUUAGGAAGCCUCCUUAUUUUAACCGAUGGAUCAACUUGAAGGUUCCUUUCCAUGAGGUUUUUGGUGGUGUGAGGUGCAAUCUUAAGGAGGCAGUUGAGAUGGCAGGAUUGGUAUGGCAGGGCCGUGCUCACUGUGGCCUGGAUGAUGCCAGAAACACUGCUCGCCUACUUGUGCUUCUAAUGCGCAAGGGAUUCAAAUUCUCCAUUACAAACUCUCUAAUGUGGCAGACAACUGAUCAUUCAUUGAUGUGGAAGCAGUCCCCAGACCAAGUGUCCUUUUCCCCUAAUCAACCCCAAAAACCGAAAGACAUGCAGAUUCCUAUUUUCCAGCAUCACCCUUAUUGUUACUGUGGGGUGAAGAGCAGCAGAGCGACAAUCAAGAAGCCAGGGCCAAAGCAAGGGUGCAUUUUCUUUGGAUGCGGGAACUGGACUGUCACUAGAGGAGCCCUCUGCCAUUACUUCGAAUGGGUUUCUCCCUGACCAGGAGUACGAGAAGAUAUCUCUCUCAAUCUCUCAUGGUCGUAUCCUAAGUUUUCUAAACGUAAAAAAAUGAAAAAAAAGAAGGGACAAGGUAGUGGGUUGUCUCCUAGUAGAAGCUUAUGCCUUGCUGCUUGGUGAGGUUUUUUGCUUCAUACAGAAUACCAUAUAAAUAGUUGGCUCAUCUGCUUAAUAGUGUGUCUCUGCUAAACACCAAAGUAGUCCUUUAAGAAAUGGGAGCUCCAACCUGUAAAGCUGACUUAUCGUUGACUGGACAACAAUUGGGAAUGGUGAGAAAUGGGUAGUUAGGAUGGUGCUUUUACAUGCUCAGGCAUGCUAAGUUAUCUUAAAUAAUUUGAGAGGUAGGGACACUUAUCUUAAUGCAUUUUCUAAUGGGAAUCAGUAGAUCAUCUGCUUGGCCUGGUUUGCUGCA